AGCAGAACCUGUCGCAGCUGCAACUGCAGCACAGCACGCCUUUCUCCGUGACCGACAUCCUGUCGCCGAUCGAGGAGUAUCGCAAGCUGGAGCUCGCCAACAACCCGCCGUCGCCGUACAGACGCUGAGCGGCGCACCCCGCACACGCACCCGGCCCCGUCGGCCCGUCGGCCUCGUUGGCCCCGUCGGACUCUAGAGGCCUAGGACAUGCAGGACCCGGUCUGGUUCGGGCACGAGCUGCCGCGCAGCCUCUUGUACCAUAUCGAUGCUGAGACGGCUAAGUCAAACUCCUCCGGCAGCAGCAUCAACUCCCCGCUCGGCGGGGGCUCGUGCAUGGCGGGCAACCCGUACGGCGUGCCGCUGUACGGGCAACCCGUGCAGGGCUAUGGCUGCGCGCCUUCGGACCUGCCGCACUACGGAGACAUGCGCGGGGCCUCGUGGUACCCUGCAUCCAACGACCCCAGGUUUGCCAUUUCCAGGCUGAUGACGUCCACGUCGGGCGGCAUGGGGCACGUCAACAACAUGGGAGGCCUAGCCGCGUGCGCCGGCCCUGACGCCAAGCCCAUGCAGUUCCCUCUCGCGCAGAGGAGGAAGCGGAGAGUGCUAUUCACGCAGGCACAGGUGUACGAAUUGGAGCGAAGGUUUAAACAGCAGAAGUACCUGUCGGCGCCCGAGCGGGAACACCUCGCGUCGCUCAUACACCUCACGCCGACGCAGGUUAAAAUUUGGUUUCAAAACCACCGUUACAAGUGCAAGCGGCAAGCCAAGGAGAAAGCCAUGGCGGAGCAGAACCAGCACAACCAGUCGUCCUCAUCCCCCCGGAGGGUAGCCGUCCCAGUCCUCGUGAAGGACGGCAAGCCGUGCGGCUCGGGCGAGUCGUCCUCUCCCGCGCACUGCGCCACGCCGACCUCCGGCUACGCGCAGCCCCAGGCGGCUUGUUCCAACCCGCUGGCGUCCUACCGCCAGCCCGCCUACCAGCAGCAGUGCUCCGGCUACCUCCCCCUACAGGGCCGGGCGUGGUAGAAGUUCCCCCAGCUUUAUCAUGAGACCAUGUUCAAGGAGGAGAUGUAUUUUGAUUAGGGAGUAGGUGACGCGGUUUGGCUGGGCGACAAAUGAUUUUUCUCACAAAACGUAACGAUUUUGAAACUCGUUGUGCAAUGUAUUUAUUGAAAAAUAUAACAUAGGCAUAUAAUGUAAAUUUUUAAAUCUUGCAAUCUAAAGAUUUUACUAAAACUUGACAUUUCUACGAACAGUGUUGCAUGUUAAUAAAAUAACCACAAAUUUGGUUGUUUUCUCCAAAUGUUUGGCCGAACCGCGUUUUAAAAUGGUGUCUCCCUCAAGAACAUUGUCUCGGAUGAGGCCUGGCGGAACGAUCUGCCAAAAGACAGUGACUUUAGUGACUCAGUGAAGUGACAGUAGUGUUUCUUAUCGGGCGGAGGGUAUGUACAUAGUUAGACGUAAUUAAGCGCAGUUAAGGAUUUGACUCUUUUCUUUGUGAUAUACUUGUAACAUUCUUUUAAUGAUGUAGUUUUUCUGCUUUUCGGAUUUGAAACUCGUUAAGCACUCAGUUUCUAAGAGUUCAAAUGCAUUAGCCACAAAGUAGCACGAAACGGUCACCAAGUGACAUGUCUUGUUUUCACGAAAUGAAAAUUAUUUUUGUCGAGAAUUUUCAAUAUCGUAUAAUUUUUUUAACUCUAUAUUAACAACCUAAAUAUGAUGCCAUUGGCAACUUAAUCUUUUGUUCAAAAACAACUUUCAAAUUUAUCUACGUCUCCAGUGAUUUAAAACAAUUUCAGUGAUAUUACAGUGGUUUUAUUUAUAACAGGUAAAAUCAAGGAACGGCUUUUUUUACUUACCUACUCCCUUCACACUUAACAGGCAAUCGUCGUGAUUCUGAUUGACAUGAACUUAAUUUUGACGUGGUUGAUACAUUUAGGUUUCAUGACAAAAUGCUGCCGGUUUUAUACCUACUGUGUACACGUGUUUUGACAGUGUCUUAUCGAGUUAGAGGAAUAGACAGCUUUUGAUAAAAAUGUGUCUUCUCAGUGAUAUUCAUACAACUUUUAAGAUCAUGUUUUAUUAAGAAAAAAAAAAAACAGUUACAUUUUUUGGUGGAUAAAUAUCUUCUUGAUUUUUUAUGAAUGUUACGAAGUUGACGUCACUAUUCCUUUAUAUUAUACGAAUAGUAUUUGAGUAUUCCGUAUCAACGGGUCCCAAGCAAUAGUAGUAUAAGCUAAAUAAAGUGGAUAUU